AUGUAUAUUUCUUUCAUUCUUUCUUCUUUUUUUUCCUUCACUCUAUCACGUCUUUCGUUCUUUCUUUCUAUCAAUCUAAAUCGUUUCUUUCUUACUUUUUUCUUUUUCUGUCUAAAUGUCUUCUUUCUUUCUUCGUUUCUUUCUUUUCUGUUUAUUUAUCUGUCACCGUCUCUUCAUAUCUAUCUAUCUAUCUAUCUAUCUAUCUAUCUAUCUAUCUAUCUAUCUAUCUACUUUUUAGCCUGUUCAUAUGCAUUAGUCUGUUAUCUAUCUAUCUACGUCAGUCUAUUCAUAUCUAUCUAUCUAUCUAUCUAUCUAUUUUUUAUGUGUUCGUAUCUAUUAAUCUGUUCAUAUCUAUCUAACUAUCUCUGUCAAUCUAUUCAUAUCUAUCUAUCUAUCUAUCUAUCUAUCUAUCUGCCUGUCUGUCUGUCUGUCUAUCUUUUUCUGUAUAUAUCUAUUUUUAGUCUGUUCAUAUCUAUCUAUCUAUCUAUCUAUCUAUCUCAGUCUAUUCAUAUCUGUCUCAAUCUCUCUCUCUCUCUCUCUCUCUCCAUGGAGUUAUUACUGCCACUAUCUAAUCCCCCAGCCGCAUGGAAUUAUUACUACAUCUAUCCAAUAACCCAUCGACAUGGAAUUAUUACUAUACCUGUCCAAUAUCCUACCGGCAUGGAAUUAUUACUACUACUAUCUAAUAUCCCACCGGCAUGGUAUUAUUACUAG